GCGCUCCCGUGACUAAUUUCAUUGGAACUUUCUGCAGCAGGAAAAGCCCGAUGUUUCCUGCUUCUCUUAUUUGUGAAACGUUCAUGGACAGCGACAAAAAACACACUCUGGAUCUGAGAGUCCUUUAAGGGGCUUCAGCCUCACUUCUAACGAAAAAAUAUGUCACCUAUUCGGAGAUUUUAAACGCUACAGCUCGAAACAUCCCGACUGGAAGUAAGAGAAGCGAGCUCAGCAUCAAAAAUACUGAAAGCAGAGUCCCAGCAUGGGGAUUGGCCACUUGUACACUUGAAGCCUUACCCAGGAGAGCUCAUUACUCUACGACUCUGAAUGCUGACAGACCCCAAGAUGGAGGAGCAGUCCAGUUUCCCUAAUGUCAGCAUACCCUGCCACAAUGAACAGAGAGACAAGAAGAAGCGUUACACAGUUUACAAAGUGAUGGUGUCUGUUGGACGACAGGAGUGGUUUGUUUUCAGGCGAUAUGCGGAGUUUGAUAAACUCUAUAACACAUUAAAAAAACAGUUCCCAUCUAUGAACUUGAAAAUUCCGGCUAAAAGGAUAUUUGGGGACAAUUUUGACCCAGAAUUCAUCAAGCAACGAAGAGCAGGGCUUCAUGAGUUCAUCAAGCGGAUCGUCUCUAAUCCUCAGCUUUCCAGCCACCCAGAUGUGCGGAGCUUUCUUCUAAUGGACAAAAUGCAUCAACUUUCAGAUGCCUCUGAGGAUGAAGAUGACAAAAAUGGCUCUACCUCCAGAAACAUUAACCUGGGACCCUCUGGAAAUCCACAAGCAAAGCCUACAGACUUUGACUUUUUAAAAGUUAUUGGAAAGGGGAGUUUUGGAAAGGUUUUCCUUGCAAAACGAAAACAUGACGGAAAGUGUUAUGCGGUGAAAGUCUUACAGAAAAAAGUGAUUCUCAACAGAAAAGAGCAAAAACACAUUAUGGCCGAGCGCAACGUACUGCUGAAAAAUGUGAAACACCCAUUUCUGGUCGGACUUCACUAUUCCUUUCAGACCACAGACAAGUUGUACUUCGUCUUGGAUUUCGUCAAUGGAGGAGAACUUUUCUUUCAUCUUCAAAGAGAAAGGACAUUUUCAGAAACCAGAGCAAAGUUUUACAUUGCAGAAAUGGCGAGUGCGCUUGGAUAUCUGCAUUCUCUAGAUAUUGUUUACAGAGACUUAAAGCCAGAGAAUAUCCUUCUUGACCAUGAGGGGCAUAUCGUGCUGACGGACUUUGGAUUGUGCAAGGAGGGCAUUUCCCAGACGGAUACCACCUCUACGUUUUGUGGAACUCCUGAGUAUUUGGCUCCAGAAGUCCUGAGGAAGCACCCAUAUGACAACACUGUGGACUGGUGGUGUCUGGGAUCUGUGCUGUAUGAAAUGCUCUUUGGUUUACCCCCAUUUUACAGCAGGGAUACACACGAGAUGUAUGACAACAUCCUGCACAAACCCUUAGCAAUGCGUCCUGGGGCGUCCAGCAUAGCAUGGUCUCUUCUUCAGGGUCUCCUGGAGAAAGAUCGCACACACAGACUGGGAUCCAGAGAUGACUUUAAUGAGAUCAAAACACACAGCUUCUUCUCAUCGAUCAACUGGAAUGAUCUUGAACAGAAGAAGAUCCCUGUCCCAUUUAAACCUAAUGUGAGCUCUCCCUGCGAUAUUACAAACUUUGACCCCGAGUUCACAGAGGAGAUGGUUCCCAACUCGAUUUGCUGGACUCAAGAACAUUCCAUUGUCAACGCCAGUGUAAUGGAGGCCGACGAUGCCUUUCUGGGCUUCUCAUAUGCCCCACCUUCUGAUGACUCAUUCCAGUGAAUCAACCCCACUAAGGGGGUCCUCAUUUGCCUUAACCAUUGUAAAAACAUUGACUAAAGGGAAAAAAAAGUUAGAACAAAGAGGUUUACUUGUUCUGUGAAGCCAAAGCUAGCAACAGAGAAUAACCUGCACUUAAAACUGAUAUUGAUUGGAAGAAAGUCUAUUUUACCUUUUUUGUAUUUAUAUAAAAAUAUAUAUAACAGAUGCUAUAUUUUAGAAUUAAGCUAAUGUGCUCGCUGGUAUUGUGAUUUCAGGUCUUUUCUAAAAAUGAGCCUUAAAACGAUACCUGAAAUAAAAUCAAGAAGCAGGUGUUUGAAAACUUGAAAUGUUCAUUGUACUUAAAAAAAAA